UCGACCUUCAGAAACAGAACCACAAUUCUUUGCGCCUUCUCUCCCUCUGCAAAUCGCGAUGGCGCUUUCCGCUGCGUUCCGGGAACGACUCGAACACAUGGAGCAUACCCGCAACCAGCGCCUCUCUCUUCUUCAGGCGGAGAAAGAAGCGCAAGAGAACAAGUCUCAGGUGUUGGAGAUGAAGCUCGCAAGCAUGAGGGCCACGGAGCAGAGGUGCUUAGCGCUCGAUCAAAAGAUCGCAUCGCAAAGCUUCAAAAUAUGGGCGCUCAGGUCCGAGAUCGAUCACCUCGACGAGAAAUAUCGAUCCGAUUCACAUCAAUUGAGGGUUUUGAAGAGUGAGGUGGAGGAGCUUGAGGAGUUGGAGAAGGAGAAGAAGAGAUUUUAUGAGUUGAAGGGAUUUGAAAUGAAGGAGUUCAAGCAAAAUGUGGAGUUGUUUGCUUUGGAAUGUCAAAUGCAAGUUCAAAAUUUGAAGAAAGGCAUCAAUGAGAUUCAAUCGAACUUUGUCAAAUUCCAAGGGAGUGAGAGAUGCACAAGUAAUGGUGAGAUAGCUGCAGCUGAGAAGAGAAAGUGUGAGCUUUUAUCUAUGAAGGAGGAGCUGGACAGAAAGUUGGCUUCUAACUACCAAACAAAAGCUCAAUUGCAAAAGCAGUUUCAGGAUUUUAUCACUAAACACAAACAAGACACAAAUUACCAAUUAUGAUAUGCUUGUAUUGCCUCUAUUGUGAUUGUGAGUUCAUCAUGUAUAUUUUAAGUUCUGAUAAUUUGCAAAUUAUAAUGCAAUUUGCAAAAGAAGAAAGAGAGUUUUUUUUCAUUCUCUUUUCAAAGUUGGAAGAGGUCUAAUUCAAAUCACUUUGUCCUCGAUUAAUCAGGAUAGAAUGGAAAAAAUUUAGU